AAGUUUUGCAAGGACUAUUUCAUUCACUCGGAGUUAGUCUGAAACGAAUCGUGUUACAAAGAUAUAAGGAUAUAUUUCAAAUAUAGACGAGCGAAAUGAUAUAUUCGCUCACUUGAGACAAAUGUAACAUUUAUAUCACUCGCUCGCGAGCUACUCAAGUCUAGUUUGUAGAGUGUUUGUUAGUGUUUGGUUUUUACAAAAUAAUUUGUUGCUUUUACCGGUGUUGUAUUAUUUCCUUUUUUAAGAUUUAAGUACAUAGCGUUACUUUAUUCUCUCUGCUUACAUAUAAUACAAAUUUAUGUUUUGUGACAGAGUUAUUUGUGUAUGAACAUUUUCAAGUUAUAAUACUAAUAUAAAAGUAUUUAAUACCCCUUGUUAAAUAACUAGUUCUCUUAUUGGUCUGUGGUUAAAUUCGAAAUGGAAUAUGAUAACGAUGAGAAUACAUGGCGUCGACCCUCAGAACCUAAAGUACAGCGGUCUAAAUGCCAUCAGAUACCCAAACGGUCUACUACUUUAGCUGUGGUGGUCCUAGGUCUAGCUGUUCUCAGCUGUCUUCUUGGAUAUUGUGUGCUGAGUGAAACAUUACCCUAUGAGUCUAAAACUCUACGCCUUGUUAUAAUUUUCUUCAGACAUGGAGCUAGAAAUCCCACACACAGUUACAAAAGUGACCCCUUCAAAAAUUAUCAAUGGCCUGAUGGUUUUGGAAGUCUUACCAAUCUUGGUAAGCUUCAACUUUAUGAACUUGGUAAAAAAUAUAGAAGUUACUAUGCCAAUUUUAUCAAUGAAGAAUACUAUGAAAAAGAUAUAUAUGUCCGUAGCAGUGAUAAGUCACGGUGUAUGAUGAGUGCUUACACUUUCCUUGCUGGACUAUUCCCACCAACGGAGAGACAAAUGUGGCAUCCUGAGAUACCAUGGCAGCCAAUACCUGUACAUUCAUUGCCUAGGGAAUUAGACAAUAUUGUAGCUGGAACAAAACCAUGUAAAAUCUGGAAAGCAAUGUAUGAAGAGUUGCUAGCGGAAAAAAAUUCAGAUCCAAAAUUCACUGAACUAUUUGAUUAUUUGAGCAAACAUACAAACCAGAGUAUGCAUAGUGUUCUUGAUGUUGACUUUUUGUAUAGUACACUGCUAACAGAGCAAGAGGCAGGUCUAAAGCUACCGGAAUGGACGAAGAAUGUAUUUCCCAAUAAAAUGCGCAUGCCAUUUAUGCUAAGUCUAGCUUUGCUGUCUUAUAAUGAAACACUACAACGUUUCAAAGUAGGUCCACUUCUGAAAGAAAUUAAGUCAUCUUUCGAAGAGUCUGUGAGGCAUGCAAAUGAGGAGCACUCACUAAUGCUAUAUUCGGGACAUGACAUAAAUGUGGUGGGGCUGUGGCGCACCCUUGGAUACACAGAGUUGCUAGAGCCAGAAUACGGGGCUAGUGUGGUCUUGGAACUGCAUGAAGAUGUUGAACAGUCCACCUACUUUGUUAAGGUUUUCUAUCGAAAUAAUACAAAAGUUGAAGUGCCAAUGGAAAUAAAGCUGCCAUUCUGUGAUGAUCCAUGUCCAUACGACAUGUUUGUAAAAUAUAUUGACUCAUUUAUUCCUGAAGACUGGGAGCGUGAAUGUCAAAACACAGACGAUUGAAGGCCAAGUUAUGCUAAUUUGAAAAGAAAUGAAAAAUUCUUGUUUGACAUAGUAAUGUAUAGGUAAUGGAGAUGUGCGAAAAGUAUGGACAUUAUCCGAUACCCUGAAAUCUAUGAAUUAGGUCGCAUCACGGGUACCCGGUUACCGAAAGGUCCGGGCUAAAUAUGUGUAUCAAUAAUACUUACCAAUUUUGUUUUCACAAUAUCCGGGCUAUUUUCGGAUACUGCGCCCAAUGUCUAUAAACCAUACAUCAGAGAUAUGAGAUACAUCAGUGUGAUGUAGGUAAUCCCGCAAUUCAUUAAUUCGCACGACAAAAUUCGUCUUUAGACCUUUCCUAAAUUUUAUCUCUUAGGAUAUUCCAGUCUUCUAUCAGCUGAUUGACUGCCUAAAUGUCUUUCUAUUACUAGCUGAAGCUAUUAUUAAUUACUUUUAUUAAUUUUAUCAAUGCAAUACGUUUAUAUUCUUUUAAAAUAUUCUACAUCAUAAUUACAUAUUUAAUUGAUUGUUUUGGUUGUUUUAUAUUUGUCUAUAUUAAGUUUGACUGAAUUAAAUUAUUAUUUAAAAAAAAGACGUUUUUCGACAAAACAGAAAUGUUUGAAAAAUAUAAAAGUAGUGAGAAUCAUAUUUUUAUUUAAGAAAAUUAACGUAUGUUUUGAUAAAAUCAAUAAAACGUUUUAUACCUAUCGCUAGAGCCAUCGUAAGGCGGUCGCUCCCCUGUGCCUUCCUUAGAGGCGUGAAGGCCGCCGAUUGGACUGGUUAAACGUUUAUACUUAUGGUACACGUAACGUUACGGUGCACAUGGCUGCACGUCAGGCUACCACAAUAUGUCAAAUUGAUUCUGACCUCUACAUACAAUACGUUAAGGUUCAAAAUCAAGUGGAGAAAUUUUACCGUUUUGUAUAGCAUGAUGUGCUGUUGACUGUACCUACCUAACAUUCCAUAUUUUUUUAAUAUUUAACUCAUGUAAGGAAAGUGUAUGUUAUUUUUAGACACGCUAUUUUUCUAAUAAAGGAUAGCUUAUGCAUAAAAAUAUAGAUCGGCAAUAAAAUUACAUUUAUACUGUCAUGAGGUAUAAAAUGCAGCUCCUAAAUUUAUACUCAUGAGAUGCCUGAUAUAAAUCGAAUGAAAGUUGAUGUUCAAAAACAAUUGGACGAGAUAUAAUACUUUGUUUAUUAGUACCUACACACAACAGCCCAUCAGAUUAUUACAAAAUCGUAUUUAACAAAACUUUCAUCAAUAUUUAACAAAACUUUCAUCAGAUUUUGGCUUGUGAUGGAUCGGAGAAAUAUGUUAUCUUUUCUAGUAUCUAGACGUACUGUCAACUGUACUUAAAGUCACCAUAAAUAUUGAAAAAUGUAUGUUGUCUUUUAUAGUUAUCAUCUAUAACUGGAACGUCAACUUAUUUGGAUUGUAUGAUUGUGUUCAUUUUUGGUAGAUAAACUUUAUUUAUAUUAAUAAUUUAAAUAAUAUCGUCGACAUUUUAAAAUUAAACGCGUUUUCUUAACGAAACUUGAGACUAUGAUCAGAUUCUUUGUGUAUAACUAAAAAAGUAAUAAUUUAAUAAUCAAACUGUACAUUUACAGAAAUGUGACGUCAAUAUUCAAAUAUCUAAAGAAAGUACUAAAUGUUAAUUUACUUUUCCUGUAGCUUUGAGUAUAAUACGAUAUUAAUAACGUGUUUUAUAUGAAUUUCGUGUUAAAUUUUAAAGUGCCGAAGUUUUCUGUCGAAUAUUAUAAUAGUGAACUUAUGUAUAUAAUUAUAGAUAGGUGCGUGUCGCAGCUUAUGUAAUUGUGAUAAUAAAUUAACGUAAAUAAAUAUAUAUUAAGUUUUAUUGUUGUGAAAAAUGUACUCAGCUAUAAAUGUUAAAAGUACAUAGUGUUAUCUUAAUUAUUGUCACUAACUUUAGCGACAUCUCUAUUUAUUCUACAGAAACUGCUCAUGACAAAAGUAAUUAAAAUUAUGCAAGUA